AUGUCCGAUUCUACACUCAGUUUUUCUCCCUACGCCGCAUUAAGACUUGCCAGAAGAUGCCCAGAAAGCGCCGCAAUCGACGGAGGGGUGGUUCAACGCGCGUUGCCCCAGGAGCGGCCCACUGAAGCCGGAAGCCUGACGGUCAAGCUCAAAGUGCGUCCAGCUGCCCUGGCAGCUGUUUUGAGUCUUCCGGAUCCUACGUCCAUCACCGUAAACGCAGACGUGCCUGCGUCUAUCACUCCGCAAGACAACGCCCCUCUAAUCACUGAUGCGCAGGAUCUGCUCACAACACACGAAUCUCUCCGAAAGGAGAUGGCCAAGCUCCAUCUCGACUAUGUGAACAACACGUUAGAGCAGCUGGAGACCAAUCUGGUGGACCUGGCUCGCGAUCGCGACGAGGCCGUGGACAAGGCCACGAAUUACCAGGCCGCUUACGACUGGCAACACAUGGAACUUGGCACUGCAGUCGAGAGAGCUUUCGAGGCUCGCAUCUCGACCCUCGAGCAUCAACCCAACGACGAUCUCUCAGUGAGCAGCACCAAGACAAGCCUCACUAACAAACUGAAGUCGGUCCACGCCUGGGGACACGAGGUGCGCAAGGCUGCACAAGAUGUGACGACUGCGGAGAGUGGGAUUGCCAUCAUCUCGAAGCAGAAGAAGGAACGCCAGAAAUUGAGAGACAACAUCUUGAAAUCGCUCUGA